AUGUUUGAUUCAAAUAUCGUAAUCUUUCUCGAGUGUGUUGUCGUUUUUGUGCCUCUCUACUAUUCAUUAGUUGCUGCCAGAUGGAUCAACACCUCGUCUAAAGCGGUGCGGAUGUUGUCCACUGCAACGUCACCGAGGAAACUGAGUCGCCAAAACAGCAAAAAUAUCCGGAUCGACCACGGUGACUCAGUUUCAUCGCUUGAACCGGCUGAAAUAGAGAAAAAAGUGAAACACUUGAAGCACGAAAUCGGUGACUCUACGCUUCAGAACCCAAGUCGCACAGCUUCCAUAACUCAUAUGUGA